AUGGCCAUAUAUUACACAUGCAAAGUCUGUGACACCAGGAACGUGAGUAGUGUUAAUGCAGCAUAAUUAUAAUAGAGAUGAUAGCAUACUAGGACGGAACUAAUUAAAAAUAUUCAGGGGCCGAAACACUUCUCUAAAGUCUCAUAUGAGGAAGGAGUAGUACUGGUGCAAUGUGAGAGCUGCCAGAAUCAUCACAUAAUCGCUGAUAAUCUCGGCUGGUUCUCGGAUCUGGAGGGACUCAAAAAUAUCGAGGAAAUAAUGGAUCGUAAAGGAGAAAGGGUUCAAAAGUUAUCCACAAAAGAUCUUGUCUCCGAGUUUAUUGUUAAUAAAACUUAA